UUCAGUCGCUUCAUGUUCAACAACACGGUCACCGAGCAGUGGGAAUACGUUCGGUACAAUCCCCCUUCGACAGCAAUAAAAUCCCUGAAUCCUCUGAACGUGUAGCUUGACAGCAACAUAACUGCCGGCUAUGCCGUCGACAGUCCCACCGUAACAGAUCAAUACAUGCCCUACUACGACAUCUACGAUGCGAAUAUUCGCUGUGGGCGGGGAGCAGCGACAUCUGGGCCGGGAACGAAGACGGCGACCGCGGUCGCUGGAUCGGAGGUGGGCUUUGUGAUUGGGAGAAGCGCUGAUGAGCCUCUUGAACCAUACGUGAUAUACCACAACGGCCCCGGAAUGGUAUACCUCUCCCUUUCAACAACGCCAGACCUCUCACUCUACGAAGGCGACGGCGACUGGUUCAAGAUCGCGUAUCUCGGCCCCAAGAACGAUACAUACUGGUCCACACGCGAUCAGACUGGGAUGAACUUCACCGUCCCCUUCAACACUCCGCCAGGGAGGUAUCUUCUAAGAAUAGAACAUCUGUAUGUACGUCCGGCGUAUAAUACGACGCAGUUUUACGUGGCAUGCGCUCAAGUCGAGGUUGUUGGACAGGGAGGCGGGUCUCCGGGGCCGUUGGUGAGGUUUCCGGGUGCGUACGAAUUAGAAGAUGAAGGGAUUAUGGUGAAAGAAGAGAUGUACGACUGGCCGUUGAGCGGGUUGCUGGGGUAUAAGCCGCCGGGCCCGGAGGUGUGGAAAGGUUAAAGCCAUUGCUGGCGUUUCGCAUUAUGAGACUGUAUCCCAUUACCGCUGAAAUUUUUCCGUGAAUUCUUGUGUCCAUGAUUCAAAAGUCGGCGGUAAAUCGCACAAAGGGUGGCUCACUCAUCAAGUGAGCCUUUCGACAGGUUUGUCUGGCAACUCAUGUACUUCCUCGUUCGUAUACAGCUCCCCUGGUGUAACAGGAAGUUCGGCAUUGUGCUUAUAUUCUGUGUAAGCGGGAAUGCCUGGUUCGACACCGUGGCUUUCGUAGGGUACCGCAUUUCUCCUCGAACGUGACUUUUUUGCCCAAAUGAAG